CGCCUGGACCGCGGUGCUGGCCGCGCUCAUGGCGCUGCUCAUUGUGGCCACGGUGCUGGGCAACGCGCUGGUCAUGCUCGCCUUCGUGGCUGACUCGAGCCUCCGCACGCAGAACAACUUCUUUCUGCUCAACCUCGCCAUCUCCGACUUCCUCGUGGGGGCCUUCUGCAUCCCGCUGUAUGUACCGUACGUGCUGACCGGCCGCUGGCCCUUCGGCCGGGGCCUCUGCAAGCUGUGGCUGGUGGCGGACUACCUGCUGUGUGCCUCCUCCGUCUUCAGCAUCGUGCUCAUCAGCUACGACCGCUUCCUGUCCGUCACCCGUGCGGUCUCCUACCGGGCCCAGCAGGGCGACACGCGGCGGGCGGUGCGGAAGAUGGUGCUGGUGUGGGUGCUGGCCUUCCUGCUGUACGGGCCGGCCAUCCUGAGCUGGGAGCACCUCUCAGGCGGCAGCUCCAUCCCCGAGGGCCACUGCUACGCCGAGUUCUUCUACAACUGGUACUUCCUCAUCACAGCCUCCACACUGGAGUUCUUCACGCCCUUCCUCAGCGUCACCUUCUUCAACCUCAGCAUCUACCUGAACAUCCAGAGGCGCACCCGUGACCGGCUGGACGGGGCACGUGAGGCGGUGGGCCCGGAGCCCCCGCCCGAGGCCCAACUGUCUCCGCCGGCUGCGCGGGGCUGCUGGGGCUGCUGGCAGAAGGGGCGUGGGGAGGCCGUGCCGCUGCACAGGUACGGGCCUGGGGUCGGGGAGGUGGCCAACGGCGCUGAGGCCGGGGAGGCAGCCCCAGGGGGCAGCGGUGGGGGCGCCGCGGCCUCGCCCACCUCCAGCUCGGGGAGCUCCUCUCGGGGCACAGAGCGGCCCCGCUCGCUCAAGAGGGGCUCCAAGCCGUCGGCGUCCUCGGCGUCGCUGGAGAAGCGCAUGAAGAUGAUGUCCCAGAGUAUCACCCAGCGCUUCCGGCUGUCACGGGACAAGAAGGUGGCCAAGUCGCUAGCCGUCAUCGUCAGCAUCUUCGGGCUCUGCUGGGCCCCGUACACUCUUCUAAUGAUCAUCCGGGCUGCAUGCCACGGCCACUGCGUCCCCGACUACUGGUACGAGACGUCCUUCUGGCUCUUGUGGGCCAACUCGGCAGUCAACCCCGUCCUCUACCCACUGUGCCACUACAGCUUCCGCCGCGCCUUCACCAAGCUGCUCUGCCCCCACAAGCUCAAGGUCCAGCCCCACAGCUCCCUGGAGCACUGCUGGAAGUGAGCCGGCCCUCCUCGGCCACCUGGGGCCCUGGGCAGCCACCUCCCGGUGAGAGCCACGGCUUGUCCGUGGCCCACCGUGCACACCACGGCUGCCACCCUUAGAUCAUCUGCCUGACGUGGAGGCAGCUUGGCCGGCCGGCCAGAGGGGCCAUCAUCGCCCGAACUGGAACAGGGGUGGCAGGGCUGGCGAGGAGGGACAAUCCAGGGGUCUCAGCCACGAUGCCCGCCCCCCAUGGACAGUGCGACAGCCAGGUGUCCGCCCUUUGCACAGUUACCGCUUGGUGUUCCUCCCACAGCAAGCGCUUGGUGUGUGCUCCAGGCUCCUGACCCAGCGGCCUACCCCUGCACGCGCACACCUGUACACACCUGCGCACUUACCCCCACCUCCAGACACACCUGUGCCCCUGGCUCUGCUGCUGUCUCUUCCCUGCUUAAGCCCGGGCCCAGCUCCUCCAACCCUCCUCCUUCCAACUCUCUCUGCCUCCCAAGUGCCAAGUGGCCCUCAGGAACCUUGCAACGUUCUCUGCUUUUCCAUUCUGGGUGUUUCGGGAAGACAAAGAAGAAAACACGUCCGUGAACUUGAUGUUCCUUGGAUGUUUAAUCAAGAGAGACGAGAUUGCUGAGCAGCUCAGGGCUGGAUUGGCAGGUGCGGGCUCCCACGCCCUCCCUCUUCAGGCUGCUGCUUCCGGCUGAGCGGCGCCAGCUGCUUCUGCCCACCCUGCCCCAGCUCGGGGUGCUGGGCCCCGGCUGGCGGCUCAGAGUCCCGGACGCCUGCUCAUCCAGCGGGCUGCCCACCCCCUCUGUCUGCCCAGCCAGCGUUUGCUGGGGGUGCCGGGUGGGAGGGCCUCGCCCUGCCCUGAGGGUUCCAAGGCUCACAGGGGCCAUCAGAAGGGACCUGGGCUGGCGGGUGGAGCGGCACCCGACAGAGGGGCCACUUCGCCACGCCCGGCAUACC